GGGCCACGUGCUCCGACGCCCCGGGCCGGCGGCGGGGGCUGGGAGGGGAGGAGCCCGCGCCCCGGCCGCGGAGCGGGAUCCGCAGGUGGUGGCGCAGGUGGUGGCCGGGCCUCUAGGUCGCAGUCAGGAGGGAAGGUGGGCCUGGCACCCGGCAGGAGCCCUGCGGUCCGCAACAUCACGGCCAACAAAACGUCCCGAGCCCCUUAUGUGGUCUGGGUCCUCUCUCUGCCAGGAUUUCUCUCAGUUACUAGAUAAUCCUCCUGUGAAUCAAAGAGAUCAGUUAGACAGCCAGUGGUGCUGGAGCCAGGAUGGGAACUGCGGGUUCUGGGGCCCUGCGUUCCUGUGGUCUGCUGGCUGCCCCCGGCUGGGCUGGUCAGUUGGGAGGUGGGCUGGAGUUGUUCCUCCUGCUGGAGAGGAGGGUCCAGGUUCUGACCCUGCACACUCAGGUGUCAGGCCCCAGGUGCUCCUUCAGGGGGGCGGCCAGCAGACUCUCCUGAAGGACUGAGCUUGGCCAGCUAAAUGCUUGAAGUGGCAGGACCUGCCUUCAAGCCCAUAGGCCCUCAGCCUGCCCACUGCCAGCUGUGCACUGGACAUGGAGUCCAGAGUCUGAGUCCGCCCCUUCUCAGCUGGGGCUGCAGGGGGAAGCCGGAGGCCCGUCCAGGAUGGAGUGUGGGGGCUGGGCAGGACUUUAUGGCUGGAUGGACUCACUUUUCUCCGUUGUCUCAGGCUGGUGGACUUUGCUCCAGUGGGCCCUCCCUGCCUCUCCUCACUCUCCAGGCCAGCCACAGGGCUGUGUCACACCUCGAAUAUCUGGGCCUGUUGCCUAAGGGUCCUCAGACUUGGUUCAAUGUGAGGAUUAGCAACUCCUGCUCAGCUUCAGCAAGACUGGCUGUGAGUGGGGGUGGAGGGCUCCUGCAGCAAGCACUAACACGGCCCACUGCAUUCUGGGAGUCUCACUUCUCAGGCACAGACCUUGCCAACAUUCCACUGACCCCCGAGACCCAGCGGGACCAGGAGCGGAGGAUUCGCCGGGAGAUCGCCAACAGCAACGAGCGGAGGCGCAUGCAGAGCAUCAAUGCGGGCUUCCAGUCCCUCAAGACCCUCAUUCCCCACACAGACGGAGAGAAGCUCAGCAAGGCAGCCAUUCUCCAGCAGACAGCCGAGUACAUUUUCUCCUUGGAGCAGGAGAAGACCAGGCUCCUGCAGCAGAACACACAGCUCAAGCGUUUCAUCCAGGAGCUGAGCGGCUCAUCCCCCAAGCGGCGGCGGGCAGAAGACAAGGAUGAGGGCAUCGGUUCCCCCGACAUCUGGGAGGACGAGAAAGCCGAGGACCUGCGCAGGGAGAUGAUUGAACUGCGGCAGCAGCUGGACAAGGAGCGCUCGGUGCGCAUGAUGCUGGAGGAGCAGGUGCGCUCGCUGGAGGCCCACAUGUACCCGGAAAAGCUCAAGGUGAUUGCGCAACAGGUGCAGCUGCAGCAGCAGCAGGAGCAGGUGCGGCUGCUGCACCAGGAGAAGCUGGAGCGGGAGCAGCAGCACCUGCGGACCCAGACGGUAGAAAGUGGAAGACUGAGGACGUGCGUCUUGCAGCUCCUGCCUCCUCCGGCCCCCACCCACCACCCCACGGUGAUCGUGCCUGCGCCAGCCCCACCCCCGCCCCACCACGUCAACGUCGUCACCAUGGGGCCCUCCUCCGUCACCAACUCUGUUUCCACAUCCCGCCAAAAUCUGGACACCAUCGUGCAGGCGAUCCAGCACAUCGAGGGCACCCAGGACAAGCAGGAGCUGGAGGAGGAGCAGCGGCGAGCGGUCAUAAUCAAGCCGCUCCGCAGCUGCCCGGAGCCCCACACCUCCGACACCGCCUCCGACUCGGAGGCUUCAGACAGCGAGGCCAUGGACCAGGGCCGGGAGGAGCCGCUGGGAGACGGCGGGCUUCCCUGACCACCCCCCCCAGCCCUCCUCUCCCUUCUGGGGGCUGGAGGGGGCCGGGGGGCAGCACCAGGGAGACAUGUGGGUGAAUGAGUGAGAAAUUUUUACAAAAUUGACGAUGUCAUUUGGGUCUCUUUUAUGACCUCUUUUUCAAUACUGUAAAUCAACUUUUAAACAAAGCCACCCCAGCCCAGGUCCCGGGGCUGGGGUGACACAGUGUGGGAGCAUCGGGACCCCAGGGCUGGGUGUCAGCCAGGGGGGCUGGAGAAGCUGGGCGCUGAGGUGCCCGGCCUCUCUCUGCCAAAAGAAAGCUUUUUUUUUUUUUUUUUUUUGUCAUUUAAACAUGUUUUUAAGAACAGGGAAAAUCAAACAAAACCCCAAGUAUUUCCUCCCGCCCCAGAGCCAGCCCCAGGACCGGCCGCCUCGACUCUUUCCCUCCUCUGUUUGGUUUUCUUCUUUCUUCUUAAGCACUUACGUGGGUUGGGGUCAGGCGGGGUCAGGGCUUUCUGGGGUCUGGGGGUCUUCUUGCUUCUCGGUUGGGGUUUGCUGCUGCCAUUCUCCCCCUCCCCAUCUCAGCACCGGGACUGCCACUCUCCUCCCCCCACCUCUCCCUCCAGGGUUCCCAUCUUUGACCCCAAAAAUGUCUUUGUCUCUCUCUCUCUCUUUCUCUCUCUCUUGUUUUGUUUGUUGUUGGUUUUAUUUUAGUUUUGGUUUCUGUUUUUUUUUUAUAUAUAAUUUUGAACUCUGUGUCCAAGGAGAAGCUAUUAUAUUUUGUUAACUGGGUGGGGGGGUGGAAAUCCAAGAGGCCAUGGUGCCUUUGUAAAGAAACAAAAUAAAGUUUGUACUUUGUUUUUUAA